UCGUGCCUCGAGGGGGAAGGUAGACGCAAACACCUUCAGCAGCUCUUUUUUUUUUUCUUCUGCUUUUCCACUUUUAACGUGGAGCCGCAGCCUUAUGGCGAAGUGCGCAGGGCAGCGAGGAGCAGCAGUCCGGCGCCGGAGCGGAGCUUCACUCUAAUAUGGGAUUUCACGGCGUGCGUGGACUUGGCAGGCACAUGCACACUUCGUUGAACUCUACACCGAUCAGGGAAAGCAGCUGAACUCGAACCACCUCCAGAGAGUUUCCACUUUAUUUCCACCUGAGCGGAAUAGAAUGCAAAUAUGCCGAUUCUACAGAAAGAGACGGCCAGAGACCGAGAAAACCAAGUGCUGCCGAAGGUCCCGGUGCCCCCGCUGAAACAAACCCUGGACACGUACUUGAGAUGCGUCCAGCACCUGGUGAAGGAGGAGCAGUUCAAGAGAACCAAGGCCAUGGUGGAGAAGUUCGGGGCUCCUGGGGGAGUCGGAGAGCAGCUCCAGAAGAAGCUUUUAGAGAGGAGGGACAAGACGACCAACUGGGUCUAUGACUACUGGCUGGAGGACAUGUACCUGAACAACAGGUUGGCUCUGCCAGUCAACUCCAGUCCCGUCAUGGUGUUUCCCAAGCAGACGUUCAGAGAUCAGAAAGACGCCCUCAGAUUCGCGGCUCAACUCAUCAGAGGCGUGUUGGACUACAAGGGACUCAUUGAUGAGCGAGCGCUGCCGGUGGAGUCCGCUCGAGGCCAGUUAGCCGGAACCCCCCUGUGCAUGGAGCAGUACUACCGCCUCUUCACCUCCUACCGCUACCCGGGGCUGAAGACAGACACGCUGAAGGUUCAGACGAACGCAGCCUCCUCCUCGGCGCCAGAGCACAUCAUUGUGGCGUGCAAGAACCAGUUUUUUGUUUUGGAUGUCGUCGCUAAUGGCAAACAGCUCAGCGAGACGGAGAUUUUAUCCCAACUGGAGAAGAUCAUGAAAAUGGCAGAAAACGCUGAAGAGAGACUUCCUCCUUUCGGUAUCCUGACAUCUGAUGGGAGAACAGAGUGGGCCCAAGCCAGAGAUGCACUGACAAAAGACCAAACCAACCGGGACUCCCUGGCUCUGAUCGAGAGCUGCCUGUGCGUGUUGUGCCUGGAUGAGCCCAGCGGCCUGGUGCAGAGUGACACCAACAGGGCCCUGCUGAUGCUGCACGGUGGCGGCCGCGAGAAGAACGGGGCAAACCGCUGGUACGACAAGUCAAUGCAGUUUGUCGUAGGAAUGGACGGGACGUGCGGGGUCGUGUGCGACCAUUCGCCAUUCGAGGGGAUAGUUCUAGUGCAGUGCUCUGAAUACCUGAUGAAAUAUGUCAUUGGGAGUCCCUACAAGAUGGCGAGGCCUCUCAGCAUCAGAGAGCUCCCCCCUCCGAGGAGACUCCUCUGGAAAUGCAGCCCCCACAUCCAGGGAGUCCUUGCGGCAUCUGGAGAAAGACUCCAGAGGCUGGUGAAUAAUCUUGACAUGGACGUUUUCAAGUUCACAGCUUAUGGAAAAGAUUUCAUCAAAAAGCAGAAUAUGAGUCCAGAUGCAUUGAUACAAGUUUCCUUACAACUUGCAUUUUACAAAUGCAGAGGACGGCUCGUGUCCACAUACGAGAGCGCGUCCAUCCGGCGUUUCCAGGAAGGUCGGGUGGACAACAUUCGCUCUGCCACCCCCGAGGUCCUGGCCUUCGUGAAGUCCAUGACAGACGAGAGGGUCACUUUCUCCGACUCGGAAAAAAUGAAGCGAUUGAGGGAUGCAAUUCAGGCCCAGACAAAUUAUACGAUUGCAGCGAUUACAGGCAUGGCUAUAGACAAUCAUUUCCUCGGGCUCCUGAGAAUCUCAAGGGAGAUGAACAUGGAAAAGCCGGAGAUCUUCUGUGACGAGACAUAUGUGGCCAGUAACCACUUCAUCCUCUCCACCAGUCAGGUUCCGACCACAGUGGAGAUGUUCUGUUGCUACGGCCCCGUGGUGCCCAACGGCUAUGGCGCCUGCUACAACCCGCAGUCAGACCACAUCAUCUUCUGCGUGUCUAGUUUCUGGGAGAACACAGAGACGAGCUCGGCGGUUUUCGUCAAAGCCCUGAACGAGGGCCUGCUGGAAAUCAGGGACCUGUGCAAUAGAGGAAGCGCCGCGGCGGCCAAACCGGUAGAAAGCAGCCAAGGAGCCGCCCGGCCUCAUAAAUCAGGGAAGUAAGCCAUACUGAGAUUUAGAUUUAGAUUUUAGCUUUAGACUCAGUAGCUGAGAUGCCUUCAUCUGUCUUUGUUGUCUGUGCAAUAGUGUUUCCUUCACAACAAAUGCAAAGCCUUAAAAGCCCACAUACUGUACAGUAUGUACAUAUAUAAAAGAUGAAGGAAAGUAGUUUUCUUUUGGGUCUGUGUGGACAUCGGAAUACGUUCUGCUCCGACACUGCCUCUGCUUAUCUCAGCAGACUUGAGAUUAACUGGUCUGCUGCCUUUAGGAAUCUGAAGCCAUGUCUGCUUUGUAGCACUGAUGUGAGGGGAUAGUCCUCUGUCAGAGAGUUGAUAAACCAAGUGAUCGCAGUAUAUACAACCGGGGGAGAAAUGAAAAGGAAAAACCCAAGAAAAUAAGAGAGUCAACAUGAAGUGAAUUACGUGCUUUGAGCUCGACUGCCACCAGAUUCGUAAACCAGUUGGACACCUGUAGGAAAAAUGAAGACUGAUGUGAAUCUCCAGUACCAUCAUCCAGUGAGGGAAUAUGUUUUGGCAGAAUGGUGUUCAACUGUCCGGCAGAGCUCCAGAGACGAUUCACUGCCAAGGCUCAGGGCAGCUGUUCUGGAGCCGACACCUUACGAACACCCUGUACGUGUUCUUUCCUUUAGAUUCUCCCCCGUCUGUAUUUCACACUUGUACCCGUAGAGUAGUAAUGUAAUAGACAUGACAGGUUUAUGUAAAAAAUAAAACAUAAAUAUAUAUGUAUAUAUAUUCAAAACAAUCAUGACAUCCUGUAAAUGUGACCAGCUUCACUGUGCGUGCAGCCGUGUUCUCAGCAAACUGGAUCAAUGGUUCUAUUUUCUUCUUAAUGUGUUUAAACGUGUGAAGUGAUUCUACUGACGCCCUUGUGGUCAUGCAUAUGUGACGUCUGCGUGACUUUGAGUCACUUUAAGAUAUUCAUGUAACGAUGUGAAUGAACACGUGUAAACAUCGAGGACUGGUUGAUAAGUAACGUACGUGUGUAGAGAGAAAAAACCUGAUAUUUCAGUGGCACAUCUGAAAUCAUGAGCUCGAUAUCUCAGCAAUAGUUACAAUGUGUAAAGUAACCAGAGCUAUAUUAUGUAAGUAAGUAAGAUACAGUCCAGUGGUGACUAGGUGUUCACAUGUACAUGAGCGCUUUCUAUUUGCACAUAGAGGUAGAAAGAGGGUAGCGAUGUAUUUUAUUGUCGGUUCUCUGUGCAAUAACUCAAGUGCAGUGAAGGUGUAUGUGCAAUAAUCGAUUCAUUAGAUGCAUGGAGCUAAUAUGUUAUAUUAAAUUUAUCUACGGUUGCUAUUUUUGAUAUUCAGAAACAACGGAGUGAAAUUAUACUGGAUCUACUGUACACGCAUGCUGGUUUGGUCAAAGUGUACCGUGACUUCAGUCGUUGGUCUUGUUUCAGUCUGUGGUUCCUGUUGCAGCAAACCAAACCCUUGUGGUGAAUGUGUGAGGAUAUUUGUCGUGUCCACUCAAAGACAUUUACUGUGCGUUCGUCAGGUAUUCGUGUGCAUCAUCAGCCAAAGUGAAUGUGAACCACGUCCAUGGUUUCAAAAAUCCACACAUGCAUGUUUAGUCUUCCGUACUAAAUGUAUUUUUAUAUGUCCACAUAAAGAGUUGAAAUAAUCAUAUCGUAAAAUAUGGUAUAUAGCAAUGAAGCCUUAAAAGAAAGCGUUGCAAACUGUUGACAGAUGUUUUAUUCUAUAAGUGUUUAAUGUGGAUUGGAUUGACUUGGUGUUUGCUGUCUAAUCAGAGUGAUACAUGUUAAUGAAUGUAACGUUUCUCUAGUUCUUAAAAAAACGAACUAAUAAUCCAUGUGAACUGUUCUAUCUAUAGUAUUGUAUCUAUGUGCACUGAUAAAUUAAAGUUACACUCUUUAAAUCCACAUUCUUGUGAAUGGCACCUAAUGUGUAACACAUCCCUUUAUUAUGUCAUUUAAUAUUUGAUGAUUGUUUGGUAGAAAUUCUAAUGAAUACAUAAUGACUAUAUUUUGCUGAUAAAUCAAAUCAAUGUAGAAAAUGACCUUUACUCUUUGACUUAAAAAAUAAAAAGGUGAAUGAACACUGAGAAACCUGAUAUAUAAACAUAUGUGGUAUGAUCAUGUAGGACUUUUCUUUUCCCUUUGGUCAGUGGUGUAAUGUCCUGGAUCUCGUCUGUUCUAUGUUUAUAUGAAACUAAAAUAAAGUAGUCAAUUAAAUACUAAGCUAAUAGAAGACAUUGCCAUUGAUAAGCUGGAAUAGAACUGCUGUGAACCUGAAACUGAUAAGUACCAGAAAUAAA